CACUCUGGUCUGCAGCAGCAUGGCACUAACUGUCCAUCUCUCCUGCUUCCAGGUCCUGUUGGUGGCAGGUCUAGCCCAAGGCAUCAAGGACUCCCUCAGAGUCCAGAACCCAGGUGCGGGGCCGCUGGAGCUGAAAGAGGUCUUCACUCUGUUCCAGAUCCAGUAUAACCGAAGUUACUCGAACCCGGCAGAGUAUGCUCGCCGCUUGGAUAUCUUUGCCCGAAACCUGGCCCAGGCUCAGCAGCUGCAGGAGGAGGACUUAGGCACAGCCGAGUUUGGGGUGACUGCAUUCAGUGACCUUACAGAGGAGGAGUUUGACCAGCUGUAUGGGAAUCAGAGGGCAGCUGGAAGGGCCCCCAAUGUGGACAGAAAGGUAGGAUCUGAUGAGUGGGAAGAGUCAGUGCCCUCCACGUGUGACUGGCGGAAGGCGCCCGGUGUCAUGUCACCUGUCAAGGACCAGAAAACCUGCUCGUGCUGCUGGGCCAUGGCGGCUGCAGGCAACAUCGAAGCCCAGUGGGGCAUUAAGACCAGACAGUCUGUGGAAGUCUCUGUGCAGGGUACGGCUGGGAGAGGGGGCAUGUCUGCCAAUGGGGGCAGGGGGCUUGGGGAUCAGUCACCCAAAUUGUCCCUUCUUGCACCAGAACUACUCGACUGUGGCCGCUGUGGGGAUGGCUGCAGUGGCGGCUUCAUCUGGGACGCAUUCAUAACUGUCCUCAACAACAGUGGCCUGGCCAGCGAAAAGGACUACCCAUUCCAGGGGGCGGUCAGAGCCAAGUGCCAGGCUAAGAAGCACAAAAAGGUGGCCUGGAUCCAGGAUUUCAUCAUGCUGUCGGACAACGAGCAGAGAAUUGCCCAGUACCUGGCCACUGAGGGCCCCAUCACUGUGACCAUCAACAAGAAGCUAUUGCAGCAAUACAAGAAUGGUGUGAUCAAGGCCACACGCACCACCUGUGACCCUCAAAAUGUGGACCAUGUUGUCCUGCUGGUGGGUUUUGGUAAGACCAAGUCGGUGGAGGGGAGGCAGGCAAAGGACGUCUCAGGCCAUUCUCAUCGUCGCUCCACCCCAUACUGGAUCCUGAAGAACUCCUGGGGGGCCAACUGGGGUGAGAAGGGUUAUUUCCGGCUGCACCGCGGGAGCAAUGCCUGUGGUAUCACCAAGUACCCGAUUACUGCCCGAGUGGGUCAACCAGCUAAGAAGGUCUCCUGCCCUCCCUGAGCCCGCCCCUCGCUCUCGCCUGCUAUGCCUGCUGCAUCCUUGCUGGCCACCCCCAAAGUCUUCUCCUGUCCUCCCAAUCCUCUUGCUAUGCGUUGAAUAAACAAAGACAAGAUUCUGUA